UCCGGAUGAGAUUGAUUUGGCAGUUUAUUUAUUUCAUAAAUAAUAAAAAAGCUUAAACAAAAGAGUUCAAACAAAGUCAGAAUCAACCUGCUGAGGGAAGGAAAAAAACAUUUAAAAAGUCGUGUGAAAGUCAUUGUGAACAAUAAUUCCGCUCACGGGAGAAACACCCGUUAAUUGGCGUCUUUUCCCCCCAAUAAGAAAGUUUUCCGAACUCUCCGCAGAGCCCCGCACACACGCUCGGUCUCCACAGCCGAGGCUCCCACCGCCGGCACCGCCCGCGCCUCCCUCUGAUUGGCCCGCUCCCAUCGGCGGACGGCCCACCUGUCUCAUCUGCCGCGCACCCAUUGGCUGCCGCCGCCGUCGCUCCGCCGCGCGCCUCUCUAUAAAGUCUCCUGCGCCCGCUGCAUCUUUUUUGUAAUCCAACCUGAGAUGAGCCCGGAGCAGCAGCGCGGUGCGCCUGUCGCAGCUCACCGAUCCCACACAUUGUAGCCAAAAACUAUGAUUUCAAAUUCCUCAAUGCCUUUUCACUGCUGGAUUUAUCCCUAUCUCCGAUUAUAUCUAGAGUAGUAUUUUGUGUGUUCGUGUGUGUUUUAUUUAUUCUUUUUUGUUGUUGUAGUUUGAGGCGAGCAUGUGCGUAAUUUUGCGAGGAUUGUCGAGGUGCCACCAGGAGUGAGUGAGGCAAUAUGCGCCGCUGGGAUAUGAUUUUCAAUCGAAAGGCUUAUGGAAUAUAGCCCGGUGUGUCACAGCCUGUAUGCCCUCUGGUCCAGCCCCGUGAAGAAGAAACUAAUACUGCUCAGCAUCAUGUUUUUCAUCUGGGUCUACAUGCUGUACUCCUGCGUGGGCUACUGCUCCGCCAUGCCCAGUCUGGUGGUGGACCGUUACCGGGGCAAGGAGACCGGCGCGGCGGUGGGCUGGAGGACAGAGAGCGGCAGGACGGACCUGGUGUCCCGACUGCUGGCCCAACCGCAGCCGUGGGAGGAUAUUGAGAGCGACUACGAGGAGCCGUCCAUCAGGACCGCGGCGUCCCGAGACCUGCUCGAUAACGACUGGGACGAGAUGCGCGGCGGCGAGCAGCAGAGAGCCGCGGAGCCCAGCGCCAUGUCCAGCUUCUCCAACGGCUCCGGGAGCAAGAAGCUGCCGCAGGCGAUCAUCAUCGGGGUGAAGAAAGGAGGGACCCGGGCUCUGCUGGAGUUCCUCCGGGUGCACCCAGACAUCAGAGCCGUGGGAGCGGAGCCGCACUUCUUCGACCGCAACUACGAGAACGGACUGGAGUGGUACAGGGAGCUGAUGCCCAAGACUCUGGAGGGCCAGAUCACCAUGGAGAAAACCCCCAGCUACUUUGUGACCAGAGAGGCUCCGGCCAGGAUCGCCGCCAUGUCCCGGGACACCAAGCUGAUCGUGGUCGUGAGGGACCCCGUCACCAGGGCCAUCUCGGACUACACGCAGACGCUGUCCAAGAAGCCCGACAUUCCCUCUUUCGAGAGCCUCACCUUCAAAAACAGGACUACGGGGCUCAUCGACACCUCGUGGAGCGCCAUCCAGAUCGGCAUCUACGCCAAGCACCUGGACAACUGGCUGCAGUACUUCCCCAUGGAGAAGAUCCUGUUCGUGAGCGGCGAGCGGCUGAUCAGCGACCCGGCCGGAGAGCUGGGCCGCGUGCAGGACUUCCUGGGGCUCAAGAGGAUCAUCACAGACAAACACUUUUACUUCAACCAGACCAAGGGUUUCCCGUGCCUCAAGAAGGCCGAGGGCAGCAGCAAGCCCCACUGCCUGGGCAAAACCAAAGGUCGGACCCACCCCAACAUUGACCCCGAGGUGGUGCAGAGGCUACGGGACUUCUACCGGCCCUUCAACAUGAAGUUCUACCAGAUGACGGGGCAUAACUUUGGUUGGGAUUGAUGUGAAAAUCAUGAAAGACAAUUUCUUUUGUCAAUUUGUCGACAAGUUAUUAUUUUUCCUUCUGUAAUUCAAUGGCAAGACGCUGAGAUAUUGCUAUAUAUAUGUAAAAUGUACAGAAAUCUAUUUUAUAAUAAUUUAUUUUUAUUUCUAAGCAAUUAAUUCACUAAGCUGCCUAACCAUAUUUGUACAUAACAUCUGGCCCACAUGUUGUUUUUAACAUUAGUCAUUCUAAUCUUGAAUUCUCUCGCCUCCCUCGUGGUCCCGUAAACGCAACGUUUUCAUCGGUGCUUCGUAAUGCGGAUAAUCAGCGAUGACUGAAGUAGAAAUUAGGGGUGGAAUAUGUGAAAGCACCAUAUCACGGGUACAGAGUGCUCACAGAGAACGCCGAUCACCGUGCAUCCUCAUUUAGACACGCGUCAUAGCGCCGCCCCUUUUCAAACCCCCUCAUUGCGAGUGUGAUUCUUCUUCAACAGACCUUCCAGUUACGCUUUCCGCAAUCCAAUUUUCCUGCACUGGCAUCGGCCUUAGAUGCAUAUCUCAUCUCCCUUUCCACUCAAUAACAGUUAGAUCAAUAGGCCUAAUUGAUCCUCAUUGUGUCACUCAUGCUUAAAGUAUACAGCUGCCCUUUCAUUCUCAGUGCUCCUGCUGCCGCUUCUAAUGAAUGACCCAUCCAUCAAACGGUGAAUCCGAUCCCGGACCACAUAAGGGCCCAUGUUAACAUUAUGCUAAUCGGGUAAAGGUAACUGGCAGAUCGAUCCGGCCCGCGCGCUCUAACUCCCCCCCAUUAGACGUCGUGUUGGCUGGGAGCCAGGCUCUCGCCCUAUCCGCUCGGCUCAAAGGUCACACAAAGUCUCAAUCAAAUUUCCUUGAGAGGCAUUUGAUUUGUAGAGCCGAGCCGGAGCGCCGAGGGUCAUGGGAAGGGUGCGUGCCUUGUGUUGAGAGAACAAAAAAAGAAAGAAAAAAAAUCUUUGCGUGAGGCAUCGGCGGCUUAUCUGUCAAGGAAUGGAGCGUAAAGAUGACAACAACUUGGCUUCGCCUCGCUGAAACCGCGCUUCUUCAAACAGAAGUCCACCAGGCCCCGUCUCAGAUCCCAGACUAAAGAGAUCAAAGGAAGAGGAAAGGUUUUUGUGAAGAAUUGCCUCGGGCGGGGUGGGGGUGGGGGGUUCAGUGUCUAACCUCUCUAGUGUUGUAAGAAAUACUCAUGUGCCAUCGUCCAUGGCCUAUAUACUUUAUGCCUUCUUCACUCACCCUCACACCUCUCACAAUCUCAACUUGUUGCCAAAAACCCCACCCCCCGCCCCCCCAACCUUCGGGUUGAUUUCACGUUUCUCACAGCUUGAGUUGCUAUGGCUGCCCCCCACCCCCCCCACCAAACACCCCGCAUCGCCUCUUUGUUUUUGUCUUUCUACUUGAAUUCUUGAUAUGCAAGACGGAGAAAACACGUAGUUAUCAUUCUUUCGUGUGCUGCCCCGACUCUUUGCAGCGAGUGGCGCAGGGAGGUGGCCGCGCUACACCACGCCGUGCUAUGGUACGCUGUGCUAUGCAUGCUCAAUAUGGUGGUCAUUAUGAAAAUGCACUGAUCAUUAGAAGGGAUUAUUCGCAUCCAGAGGAGGGCUCCAUGUGUUGAAGCAGGGCCCAGACUGAAUGUACACCGCCUGUCCUCACACUAAAAGACCCUCAAGUCAAAGUCAAAGGUCAGAUUGUUCAGCUCAGCUUUUAGUUCAAAAGAUAUAUUUGAUUGUCUCGCUUUCUUUUGCCGUGCCUCUUUAACUAUUCAGUACAACACAGUUUAGCCUGCUCCUGUCAUCAAGACGGAUUGAACCCAAUUCAGCUAUUUCUCUUAUUUUCCAGUUGAAACCAGCUGCCUGGUUCAGCCUCAACCCCCAAUGUUUGGUAGCGGGGGAGAUGGAGGCUCGCUGUCGUGCCAUCCUUUACUUUCACUCCGCCCGAGCCACUCCGAGUGAGAAAUCUUGUAGAGAAAGCCUUCAUCCCCCCUUCUCUUCUUCGUGCAAUGUUUGAUUAUUAAAAGGAAAAAAAGCAUUCAUAAUGACCUCUCUUAGCGAGCUGUCACACUCUGGAGGGAACUUCUGACAUUUCCCUGUAAUUGAUGGAGAACUGCAUUUGAAUUCUGGUCAAGUUCAUGUAAUUGAGGGGAUUAUAUGGAGAAAAAAAAGAAAAAAAACCUACUUGCACUCAUGGGUUCACCCCGUGUUGCUGCAUCGGUUAUGGUUGAGUUUUAUUCAACCAGUUUUGAGAUCAAAAAAUGUUACAAAUGUUUGUCUUACCCACAUAUAAUAUGUAUUUAGACUCGCAGAUCUGUAUGUACAAAAAUGAAACGACGUGUAAAUCAAGUAUGUUGUGGUAUGUACAUCAAAGGAAUUAAUUUUACACAAUGCAAAAGCAAAAUGGAACAGAUGUUUCUAGAUGAUUAAAUACUGAACAUUCAAAAUAUUUCUUUGUAUGAAGAAAUAAAUAAAAAAGUAUAUAUUUUACCAAAUCC